AUGGCUGUUCUUCCUUACGCUCAAUUUGUUGGAGCAAGAGCCUAUUUGCUCCAGCAGAAAAUGGAAUGCAAAGGAGGAAAAGUAUACGAUAUUGACAAUGUUCAGGACAUCGAGCAGUGUAAAGAAGCUUGUCGUCAGUUCGAUUGCGACGCCGUCAAUCUGUUCCAAGUUGGAGAGUUCGCUUUUAAAUGUGAAAUUCUUAGUUAUGUAACCAAUUUGCAACCAGCCAACGGAGCUGCCUGCUAUUAUGCUCAAGAUGCUUUGGGAGGCGGAUACAACAAUGGAGGUUUUGGCAAUGGAGGAUUCGGAUAUCCAGGCUUUGGAAAGAGAAAAUAA